GAGGACAUGUUCAACUUCCGGCGUCGCUGAAAUUAAAAGCCCGUUUCCUCUCCUCUAGGAUUUCUUGCGUUUCUGGUAUAGUAUAUAUCUCUAUUGACAGCAUAGGUUUCUUUUUGACAGUGUUCCACAACUUGACUACAUUCAGUUUAGCGCCAGCUGCAGAUAACAUCGCUGCGGCACUAAACGGCUGCCUCUAAACCCAAAGAUGGCGGAGGAGGAGAAGAGCAGCGAACCAGUGGGUGACAAAAACGACCUGCAAGGGAUCAAGAUGCUUGUGGAUGAACUGUAUAAUUUUAGAGAUCGCUAUUUUGAGACCCAUACCGUUGAUGAAGCGGGGAAGAAACAAAGUGAUGUCACACAGCAAAUAGAAAAGACUCUUCAGAAGCUACAGGAACAAGAAGAGAGCUCUAAACACAAAGCAGAGUUUUUGCUGCAGAAGGGCAGGUGUCUGAAUGUAGCGCCAGACUUCAGUGCCGAAGCAGAAGAGUGCCUUUCCCGUGCUGUGAAGCUGGAGCCCAGUCUGGUCGACGGCUGGAACACAUUAGGAGAGCAGUACUGGAAAAAAGGAGACUUGAUGGGUGCAAAGAACUGCUUUACUGGGGCCUUACAGCAGAGCAAAAACAAAGUGUCUCUACGGAACCUUUCCAUGGUGCUGAGGCAGCUGCCAGCAGCCGAUGGUGAUGCACAUGGCAAGCAGGUGCUGGAGAGUGUGGACAUGGCUCGACAAGCUGUCCAGCUGGAUGUCACGGAUGGCACGUCCUGGUAUAUUCUGGGCAAUGCCUAUGUUUCCCUGUUUUUCACAUGUGGACAAAAUCCACAGUUGUCACAACAAGCUCUAAGUGCUUACGCCCAGUCUGAGAAAGUGGACAGAGCUGCCUCCUGUUACCCUGAGUUGCAUUUCAAUCGAUCCACUCUGUUCCAGUAUGAGGAGAUGUUCGGGUCUGCUCUUGGUGGGUACAGUCGAGCGGCGGCGCUGGACCCGGGCUGGGAGGAGCCACCCGAGAGGGAGAAGCAGCUGCUGGAGUAUUUGGAGAAAGUCACAGAGCUCAUACAGAACAAGGGGAAGGUGAAGGCGCGCAGGUUGCGGACAAUGCUCUCUAAUCUCAGCACGUCGUCUUUAGGCCCCUGCUCCUCCCCACAGUUCCGUUCCCCCACAGGCCGUGUCGGCAGCCUGGAGCCGCGAACUCUGUCCACCCUCACACACGGUCACAACGCAGGGGUGGCUGCUCUGGGCAAGGUGGUGUUCAGCCUGGCCUCUGAAGGGCGAAUGGCUUUUACAUUCGGCAUGGUGGACAGUGAGGAAACUUGUAUAGUUGUGAUGGUAUACAACACUGCAGACAGCUGGGGCGUCCUGAUAGGAGACACUGUAGUUAUUCCUGAACCUCAGGUCAAACGACACAGUGUAACACAUAAAGAAAAGUCGUUUGACUUUAGAAGUAUACGAGUGGACUCUCCUCUGCUGCUCAUCGUCAAUGGCAAGAAACAGAACAUCCAAAGUCAGAUUGCUGCUUCUGUCAGCUACAAGCCCCAGAGUGAAUGAGCCAACCAGAAGCAAUAGGACCAUUCUAUGCUGGAUAUUGAAGAAAAGUCUGGAUAGCUAUGAACGUUUGAAGUCUAAUGUCUGUGCCUGUGUUGUUUUGUACAUAGAGGUCCUCAUGUUGAACUGUCUGUAGAGUGACAGUUUAUAUUUAUAAAUAUUUCUCUUUUUUAUUAUGUUGUUGGAACAACAUGCUGUUUUUUGUAUGUUAAUAAAGCUUAAAAGAUGCUACUGUA